UAUAAACUGAUGGCAUCGUUGGGAAGCACAUGAGAAGCUGAAGAGCAUGGAGAGCUGCAGAGUCUGUGUGAUGGUGUGCGCCGCGCUGCUCUCCUGCGCCUCUGGCAAUGAAAUUUACCAUCUGGAUGAUGAGGAGACAGGACUGGAUGUAGACACGAGAGCCUUGAGGAACUUCUACCCUAAAGAGCCUAAUUUAACCAGCCAGAAAGAGCUCCUUGGGGCUCUGCAUGAUGUUUUGGAAAAGCUGCAGAACAAACGGAUCUCACUUUGGGAAAAGAAGUUUAGCCGAGUUCCCACGUGUGGGGUCGGACAGCAGUGCGCUGUACGGAAAGGCUCGCGUAUCGGCAGGAUGUGCGACUGUCCCCUCGGAGCGGCUUGUAACACCUACCUGCUCAAGUGCUUAUAAUCAUUACGUCAUAUCUGCUCCAAAACGGAUUCAUGUAUUUAAGUUUUACGUCUAUUCGAGUUAAACUACGUGCUGCUUUUUAUGUACAUAUGUACAUUUUGUCUUUAGUUUUCUAUUACACUAUUUCUGUGGUUGUUGUUUUGA